UUUGUUAUCUGUGUAAAGUUAAAAACGAGUUUAUUGUCUUCCGUUUUGUUCCCAACGGCUAGUGAAUUUAACAAAAUGAAACGUCACUCGAAAUAGAGUGGACAGGACUGAAUUGAAUUAAAUUGCAUUCAGGCUGAACGUGAAUUCGCGACCUUGUACCCUCAGCCAAUAACACAGUGCUCUGUUGUUACGGCCGGUGCUUCUGUUUACAUCUUAUCAAAUGUACAGACAGUGUAAUUCAGUCCUAUGAGCAUCGCGCUAGUCGGCGUAUGCCUAUUAGAAACCCAGGAAUAGACGACAAAUGUCGCGUUUUAGUGCGAAGGCUCCGUGUACUCGGUGCGAGCUGAGCUGACCUUCCAUCUUAGUAAAGAAAUCGACCCACGCCGCUUAAUAAAGAGACUCCUACGCGCCACACUCGCUGAUACAAACUGCGUCGUCUAAACACAAUUAUGAGCGAAAUUAUGAAAAAUACCAACAGUACGGUGUCGUUAUUGUCUGCUGAGCAAGUUUAAUUAUAGGUUGAAAGUGUUAGUUUUAAUAAAUCUGUGCUUGGAAUGCGUCUGUGUUAAAAGGCGUUGUUGCAUCGUGAGAGCUGCCGAAACUUCCAAAUUCCGUCAACAAUCAAGGCUACUGUUUAUAGAAACUUGGUGUUCCUCAACAACUGUGCAAACUGAUGCAUCCCCAAACACACUUGCCAACAAUUUCAAUAUUCCCGAUACCUCAUAAAAUGGCGAGAAAGUACGCUAGAUAAUCAAUAAGUACAAUUAAGGAAGAAAUGCCCCAUCUUUGUUAAGGAACCUUCAAGAUAAAGUCAUCAGCACUGUUGUGCUACAGAGCUAGGAUGGAUGAGAGUGAAGUCAUCAUAUCAUCCACGGAGAUCAUAAAAGACAGGCUGUACUUCGCAACUCUGAAGACAGGUUACAAGCCGAAACCAACGAGAAACAGCAAAUACUUUCACAUCGAAGAUGAAAUCGUUUACGAGAACUUUUACUUUGACUUCGGGCCUUACCACCUCUGCCACUUGUACCAGUUCUGCAACAAGCUCAAUGAGGAACUGGAGAAAAACCCGAAGAAGAAGAUUGUCUUCUACACGAGUAACAAUGAGACCCUGAGAUUAAAUGCUGCGUAUCUUAUUGGGAGUUAUCAGGUCAUAUACUUGGACUCGAGUCCGGCGGCAGUGUACAAGCAACUCACAGACGGAUCAGAGUGGUCCCUACUGAACUUCAGGGACGCGUCGGGAGGUCCGCCCCUUUUCGACAUAUCGUUACUGGACGUCCUCCAGGGGAUCAAAGUGGCUCAUGACGCAAGGUUCUUUGAUUUCGAUCAUUUUGAUGCGGAGCAGUACCUGUUCUAUGAGAAAGUCGAAAACGGUGAUCUAAACUGGAUAAUCCCGGGCAAAAUGCUGGCAUUCUCUGGCCCCCACCACCGCUCCCGCCUGGACCGGGGCUACCCCCUCCACAGCCCGGAGCACUACCACGACUACUUCCGAACGCAUCGCGUGACGACAAUCGUACGACUUAACAAAAAGUCGUACGACGCGCGCCAGUUCACCGCGCACGGCUUCGAGCAUAGGGAACUGUUCUUUGUGGACGGGUCUGUGCCAUCGGAUCUUAUUGUGAAUCGGUUUAUAAGGAUCGCUGAGGCAGCGAAGGGUGCUGUUGCUGUUCAUUGUAAAGCGGGUCUCGGUCGCACGGGAACGUUAAUCGCUUGUUACCUCAUGAAGCACUACGCAUUCACUGCGCGGGAGUCGAUCGCGUGGCUGCGUAUCUGCCGGCCCGGCUCCGUUAUUGGACAUCAGCAGUGGUUCCUUGAGAAUGUCCAGCCGCGAAUGCACGCGGAAGGCGAGUCCUACCGCCGCCGACACAACAUCACCUCGCUCCCGGUGUGCUCGCGCGGCAUCUACAGCGACGCGCCCGAGCCCGAAGACAACGUCGACGCCGUUAACAAUGUCAACAACAAGCCCGUGUCGCUGCAAGCUAUACUGCAUACCUCCAAGAUUACUAAUAAUAAGCAGCUGGACAACGCACACGUGCUGAACGCGAACGAGACUGACUCAGAAAACAACGUGACCGCAGUGAUCGGCAAGUACAAGACCACAGCGACGCCCAUGCUGCCAACUAAAACAGUAUUCGCUCCCAAAAUGAACUACAUGAUGCCAACAAACAACAUCAGGAAUGCCAACAACACGAACCUAAAACAACCUCCCCGUAUCAUCAACUCCACGUUGAAGUCGCAUUAUGCCUCAAAAACUUCCACUUUCCCCCCCACAAGAAGUGCCAACUCCCAAGCCAACAAACUGACCGGCAGUGUCAAGCCGUUCACCGGUAAGAACAGCUUCCACGGUCAGCGCGCCAACCUCGCCCGCCCAGCUCUGGGCUACACCCACGGAGCGAGCCCACUGAAAACCUUUACCAGGAAGACAGUCACUGUCAGCAAGAUCAGCAACACUGACAACGCUGCUGUCAAUAACCUCAAUAACGUCACAUCCACGUUAUCAGCUCUCACAGAAAACUGCCAUCUGAAUGGCAAAAACCGUCUCCCGUCAGAGCCAAACCUCAAAUCCGCCGCGCAAGCCAAACAAGCGACCACAAACAACAUGAAUACCCGUAAAAAACUUAUAGUAAGAUCCAAUUCCAGUUCAAGGAAGAAGCUACCCAAGAGUAACCUUCCAAAAACUGGUCUAGAAGCGACACAAGACCUGUCUUCCAGCGAUACAAACGUCACAAACAUCUCUGCGGACUCCCUCGAGACUCCGUUCAGGUUCAGACGGAAAAGGGACAAGUCCAGCAGUCCGGAGCCCAUGGACUGCAUCACAAACUCGGUGAUCACUGCUGACGUCACCCCCGACAACUACGAAGAGACGAACAACUCGCAAGGCAACAAGCUUUACAAGAUAAAGGCGUUACGGAAGAAGUGCCCGGCGUUUGGCGUCAGUCUGUUAAAGAAGGAUGGCGUCCAGACCCGCUCGAGUAGUUGUGCAAGCAGUUCCACCGUCAAGAAGAAAUGAUCUCUGUGAACUCGCCCGGUAGGUGUUAGUUUCCUCUCUACGUCUAGGUGUUUAGAGUUUUUAACGAUGUGCAUAGCACACGACGAUGUUGUCCCCUACGUGUAAUUUUUACGUUUGAUAAAUUUGUUUAGACGCUUCCUAACAAUUUUUUAACAAUCGACUGAAAUUUUUUAUUGAACUCAUAUCAGAAAGUUAUCCGCUAUAAAAGACAUUUAUGUCUAAACAAAUUUAUCAAUGUUUUUGAUGUAUAGUUGUUAAAAGCUACUUGUGAACCCCGCGUGGACGCGAGCCUACUAUAUAAUCUCAUUAGUUACUAUUGUCAGUACAGUUAGCGUAGUCGAUUGAUUGGCUAAUGUGUGGCUGGUUACAUAUACCUAUCUGUUAAUGUAUUUCUUGUUGCGUUCUCUGUGUGUCAACACAGUUCAAUAAACGUCCGUCGUGAUCGUGCGCUACCGUGCACGGGAACAGUGUUCAAUACUUAUUAUACAUAUUUCAAAUUGAGGCAAUAGUUGAAUACUUUUUUCUAUAUAUAACAAAUAUUAUAAUCUUGUUGUCGAUAGCAAUAUCUCUGGGGGCCUAACACCACUUGUUUAGGUAACUCUGUAACCAUUGUGGAAGAGAGAUACCACUCUACUUUGUGUAGUGUGCUAUCUCGCUUAUACAAAUACAACAAACCUAAUUUACAAAAUGGUGUUAGGCACCCUGAUAGUUGCUUUGAAUUUUUAGUAACAAUUAACGUACAUAUAAUAAGUUAAUUCCUAUAACAUUAGACAAUCAGUUGAUCAGUGUAGUAUUGUAAGAAGAAAUAUUUUUGUAGUUUAAAGUUAUAAGUAAUUACAAAACGCCAUUUUCUUUAGCUUUUAUUGAGCUUCUUGUUGUUUAGAUGUAUCGAUCGGUUGGAUGUGUUAGAUUUUGUUAUUAUAGUAAUCAUUAUCAUUUUAUAUACACAUACGUAUGUAGUUAUAAAUAUAUUAGUUUAUGCUCAGUUGUUUUUAUGCUUGAUGUACACUGAGACUUGGUUUGUGCAAUAAACGUGUUUUAUAUGACUAAUGGACAUAUGACCUGAUAUUGCCUUGGAUAUAUUUACUACAUAUACUGCGAGUCUUACGUAUACACUUUAUAGUUUAUACUAUUAUAUAUACAAUAGUAUAAUUAUAUAAACACUUCUGGACACCUAAAUUGAUCCACACAGAUAUUUCGACUUAUUAUUAUUACUUCAUCUUCAAAUACUCCGAUUUUUUUCUGUUAUUAUUCUUCUUGUUCUUUUUUUAUAUCUGGUAUACCGCAACCUCUGGUCUAGUAGCUAUGACAAGCGGUUUUAAAGUUAUACAGAUCCAGCGACUCGUUUUAUCAACUGGGUGUCUGUAUGCAUCUAACUAGAAUAUUUGUGAAACCGUACCCCUCAAGUAAAGAGUUUAAUACAAGAAUUAAACUCCCAACUUGAUAUUGACUAAAUAUUUGUUAUUUAAAAAUAAAAUAAAAAAUAUUGUAAUUAUAUUUAUUUAAGAGGCUGUCGUAACCUUUGUGUUCGAUUCUCUGGAAGGCAAUACUAAACAGUGGCUCAAUUUAUUUGUCCAGAAGUGUACACAAUAGUAUAAUUUUAUACAUCAUAGUAUUUCUUAGUGUGCAUUGAGUACCAGACUAUAUGAGGGUUAUGUUUGUCACAAACGUGAGGUGGUAGCUUACAUAUUGACGUGUUAACAUUAGAUGUAGGCGUGUAAAGUGUUUAUACAUUUCUAGAUUGAUAUAAUGCCUUUUUGUCACAAAUGUUCGCAGUUACAAUAGUAACGUUGUGUUCGUUCACCUAACCUUUGCGCUUUGUAAAUGUUAUGGUUGAAAAGUUUUGUCUUUUUAUGUAUUUUAUUGCGAUAUAUCUAUGCCUUAUAUAGUUUUAUUUUUAUUUAAGAGUUAUUUGCGUAAAGCCUGGGGCGAUAUUAAUAGCAGAGUCCUGACACAAAAUGGGGUACCGCGUAGAACCUAUAAAGUUAAAAGUCGGACAAAUUCGCGGGGAACAGCUAGUCAAAUGCAUUAUUUAUCGAUUUUUUUUUCAACUUUUAUCAAACAGAUGUUUAUAAUCCGUGCAUUAUAUAUGAAUUCUUGUCUAUUACUGUUUAAUUUACAUUAAUUUUAUAAUAUCCCUUAUUGAAUAGUUAAUAACAAAACGUAAUCAUUGUAACUGCUAUAACGAGCCUAUUGAAAGUUCCGUAUAACUGUACGAAUUUACAGUGUCAUAUCAGAUUUAUAAAUGCUUGUGUGUUGUGGCCGUUGCGCUGUCUUGUCUUUUAACACUGAUGCUUACAAAUAAUAGUUACAUUUAUUUUGGACCCUACUACAUAUGCAACGUGUAUCAGAGUGAACGCAAUACCUUUCAAGGGGUCAUUGUAUUCAUCAUUUAAAACGAGUUUUUGGAAAAAAUGAAAGCUUCAUAUAUGUCUGAGCGCGAUUCUAUAAAAUGUACUGAAGAACAAUUAUUAUUAUUUUUUCACCAGAAACGUCACAAAGUUGAUGAAGUCCUGUGGCGUAAAUAAUUCCUUCUUUAACUAAAAUUUUACGUUGACCUGUGUAUGUAGACGACCUCCGUGGUCGAGUGGCGUACGCACCGGUUUCAAGGUGUCGCUAACUGAGGUCCCGGGUUCGAU